GGAGUAUAAUUAAUUUUCCGUAAUAAAACCCUAUAUAUAAAUGAAAAGCCACUCAGCAGUCACUACUUCCUUCACUUUAUAAAUCUUCUCACACAGCCUUUUCUCUCUCUCCCGUAUUUUCAUUUCAUUUCCUGAAUCCAAUUUCCGAUAUAGGGUUUCAUCUCCGUUUUAGGGUUUCAUCGCGCCGAUGACUCUUUACCUUUUCAAAAUUGGAUCAUCGUUUUCAUCUGUUCGCCAUCGUUCCUGCUUUAUGAACCUCGGCAGGCUUUGGUGUUCUUUCAAAAUCUUCUUUCGUCAUUGGACUUGACAAUUCCCUUCUCACUCUUCCGAUUUUAGGGUUUCAUUUCCUCUCUUAAAUCUCUCUCUCUCUCUCUCUCUCUCUUAUAUUUUCUUAGUCAAUUUUCUCUUACUUGAUUCCUUUCCGAAUUGAUAAUAAUAAGGGUUUCGAUUGUUCUCUUUCGAUUUACUGUAACGCGCUCCGUUACUUUCUGAAGCUAUAAUACUCGUUCUCCAAACGAGUUUUUGAUUGAAAUUAUUAGGGUUGAGGUUGUUUGUUGUUGGCUUUAACAACAAACAACCUCGGCGGGGUUGCUCAGGGAGUUUGAAGCAAGAAUCUUGUAUUGAUUUCUUCGAUGGCUAUGGCGAAUAUGAUUCCGGGGUUUCGAUUCCAUCCGACUGGAGUUGAAUUGAUGAAGUAUUUUCUGAAAAGAAAAGUCAUGGGAAAGAAGUUUCAUAACAAUGUGAUCGCCGAACUUGAUAUAUAUAAAUAUUCACCUUGGGAUCUCCCAGAUAAAUCUUACUUACAAAAUGGGGAUUUGGAAUGGUACUUUUUCUGCCCGAUUGAGAAGAAGUAUGGAAGUGGUGCGAGGAUGAAUCGAGCUACGGAAAUUGGUUUUUGGAAAGCUACCGGUAAGGACAGAGCUGUGCAAUAUAAGAAUCAAACUGUUGGGAUGAUAAAAACACUGAUAUUUCACACUGGAAAAGCGCCUCGUGGUGAUCGAACCGACUGGGUUAUGCAUGAGUAUAGGCUUGAAGAUAAGGACCUGGCCGAUAAAGGAAUUGUUCAGGAUUCCUAUGUAAUCUGUAAGGUAUUUCAAAAGGAAGGUCCCGGUCCCAGGAAUGGUGCACAAUAUGGGAGGCCAUUUAAUGAAGAAGACUGGAGUGAUGAUGAAGUUGGAUUACCUUUAGUAGCUGAAUCGGCUGCGCUAGUUCCCAGUUCUGCUUUGACAACUAAUAGUUCUGUCCUAAAUGACCAAAAUCUUCAUGCUAGUGAAUAUGGUUCAACAUCCAUGCCAUGUCAAUUAAGAUUGACGCCUUCUCCCUACCCAACAAAUUCCUGUCAAACAGGAUUACCGCUUUCUCCCGGCGUUGUCUAUUCAUGUCAAACAGGAUUGAUGUCUUCUGAUACUGUGAGAUCAUGUGAAACAGGAUUGCUGCCAUCUCCCGAUCCUGCGAAUUCGUGUCAAAUAGGAUUGAUACCUUCUCCCGACCCUGCGAGUUCAUGUCAAAUGGGAUCGAUGCUGCCUUUUCCCGACCCUGCGAAUUCAUGUCAAAUAGGAUCAAUGCCUUCUCUCUACCCUGCAAAUUCAUGUCAAACAGGAUUGAUGCCUUUUCCCGACCCUGCGAAUUCAUGUCAAAUAGGAUCAAUGCCUUCUCUCUACCCUGCAAAUUCAUGUCAAACAGGAUUGAUGCCUUCUCCCGACCCUGCGUAUUCAUGUCAAACAGAACCUGAAAAUUCAUGUCAAACAGGAUCCAUGCCUUCUCAUGACCCUGCCAAUUCAUGUCAAACAGGGUCGAUGCCUUAUUCAGACCCUGCCAAUUCAUGUCAAACAGGGUCGAUGCCUUAUUCUGACCCUGCAAAUCACUCAUAUCCAGACAAUCAAGCUGUUAAUAAUGAUGAUAUCUUAUCAAUGCUUGAUAUUUUCGAAGACAACGACAUAUUUCCUGAGGAAAAUAUUGCUGAAGGUGCACUUUUAGGUGACUUUUUUGAGGGUUUGGGAGACCUGGACUGUUCUGCGUUGGGAUCCUUUGGGCAGAAUGCUGAGUUUAGCACAAAUGGAGUGGCUACUAUGGGUGAUGUUGGGGGUGACGACUUGGAUUUCGUUCAGUUGACCGAUCUCGACUCUGAGUUGUUCUGGCAGAGUACUACACCUGGAAGCUGGAAUCAAAAUAAAUAAGUUUAUUGGGCCUAUUGGCAUCAAUUAUUCACAGGACAUAGUGUGAGACUAAUAUUUGGCCACUAUUGCAACUGGCUAUAAGGUGAUUUGAUCAUUGGCUCUUAUGGUUAAAGACUCGAAUUCCGUGGAUUUUAUAUAUUUUUCAGUAUCAAAUAAAAUACAAUAACCGAAGAAGUACUUGUAUUAUUAUUUUAAGUGUUAUUGUGAAUUGUGGCCUGUUUUGCUUUCCAUUAUCAAGACAAGAUGAAGAUCAAGGAUGUAUCUUCAAAUUGUUGAACUUGAAACUAAUGUUACUAUUUGGGUUUUUGUUAAUGCAUUAUAUACACUUUAAAAA